AAACAUUAAACGCGUAGAAACGUGGUUUACAAGAUUUUUCCAACUGAAACUUCAUCAGAAUGGACGUGUUCCUGAUAUUUUUGCUGGUUUUAAACGUAUCUUUGAGUCCUGUCACCUCUCUACCAAAGACCACAAAUCGUAUUGUCGGAGGCUCAUUAACAUCUUCGGAAGAAUUUCCCUUCAUGGUAUCACUGCACCGAAAGUACGGAGGGCAUAUCUGCGGGGCUACGAUCAUCGCCAGUCUCUGGACCAUGACGGCUGCCCACUGCUUGUUACAUGAUACGAAUGUGACAUUUUUCAGCGCGGAAGAGUUGCGGAUGGUUCGCGGGGCGGAUGGGAUGGACUGCCGAAUGAGCUACAUCACGCGGAGGAAGACAGAGGAGCGCGACGUCUACGGUGUCUACGUGCAUAGCUUGUUCAUCUUCUCCAUAGUGCUGAACGACAUAGCGCUAGUCAAGGUGAGAGAGCCGUGGGACAGAAGCGCAAAGCAUGUGCCUAUGAUGCUAUCCCAGUGGUCGGAGGUGAACCAGUUCGUGCGACACAGCUGCACUGUGGUCGGCUGGGGAUCCACCAAUGCCGCGGGCUGCACGGGGAACGUUGUAAAUAAAAUAUAUGCCCGACUGAAGAUGGCAAGGAAAGAUAUUAUUGAUAUGGAAGAGUGCCGUAGGAUGGUCGCUGCUACAAUCAUGGUCGUGGACUUUCAGAACCUCUGUACCUACAACAAUGGCUCCAACAAUUGCCAGGGCGGCACCGGCGGCCCGCUGCUGUGCAACGAGACGCAGGUGGGCAUCGUGUCGUGGGGGCAGGGCUGCGCGCACGUGGACUCCCCGAGCGUGCACGUGCGCGUCGACUAUCACCUGGACUGGAUAGACUUCAUCAUGAUGAAGAACGGCCAGGCCGCCGGCCACGCUGCGAGCACCCUAGCCCUGCCUCUGGCGUCGCUGCUGCUCGUCGCCGUCCGUUGACCUGCCACCCGUCAACUGCAGCCUUUACUCACACCUCUUCACCACGCCACUGACCCGCCACCCGUCGACUGCAGCCUGCGUUCACACCUCUUCACCACGCCGCUGACCCGCUACCCGUCGACUGCAGCCUGCGUUCAUAUCUCUUCACCACGCCGCUGACCCGCUACCCGUCGACUGCAGCCUGCGUUCAUACCUCUCCACCGCGCCGCUGACCUGCCACCCGUAGACUGCAGCUUUGAUCACACCUCUUCACCACGCCGCUGACCUGCCACCCGUAGACUGCAGCCUUUGAUCACACCUCUUCACCACGCCGCUGACCUGCCACCCGUAGACUGCAGCCUUUGCUCACACCUCUUCACCGCGCCGCUGACCUGCCACCCGUAGACUGCAGCCUUUGCUCACACCUCUUCACCAUGCCGCUGACCCGCCACCCGUCGACUGCAGCCUCCGUUCACACCUCUUCACCAUGCUGCUGGAACAAUAAAACCUUUCUCCCCUC